CCCCUCCUCCGCCCCAUGAAGAAGGGGGCGGGACUGGGGAGGACUUCCGUGGUGCCCAGGUCAGUGCACUUCGGACCUGCUGCAAGUAUGGCUCGACUUCUCCUACGAGGACUGUCCUGGCUAGGCUGGAGAGAUCCGCCCUCGGGGGCCGUGCACGCAGGCGCCGGCGUCGGCGGCGGCGAGAGAGCCAGCCACAAGGACGUAGGGUCUCUCAACGAUCAUGGUGAGCCAGACACUGACUGGAAAAAGAAAUUGACUCCAGAGCAGUACCACGUCACUAGAGAAAAGGGAACAGAACUGCCCUUCAGUGGAGCCCUUUUGAAUAAUGCAGAGCCAGGAAUGUAUCACUGUGUUUGCUGUGACAGCCCACUGUUCAGUUCUGAAAAAAAAUUCUGCUCCGGCACUGGGUGGCCUUCAUUCACAGAGGCUCAUGGCGCAUCUGGCUCUGAUGAAAGUAGAACCAAUAUCCUGAGGCGGCCAGACCACUCCUUGCUAUCAUCUCGGGUAGAGGUCAUUUGCAAACAGUGUGAAGCUCACUUGGGCCACGUGUUUCCAGACGGGCCUGAACCUACUGGAGAGAGAUUCUGUAUCAACAGUGUGGCGCUGACGUUUAAACCAAGUUAAAACUGAUCCACUCAGAAUCUGAAGAGAUGAAAUAUGGUUUAGGGGAACAAGGGCUGCAUUUGGAGUCGGGAGAAUUGCAGGUUCACAUCUUAACCCUGACACUAGCGGUGUGACCAGGGGCAAAUAAAUCCCUAAAUUCUCUGA